AUGGGUAACGAGCGCGAGCGACGGUUAAGCAAGCGUCUCGCUGCGGCGGUGACGGAUUUCGAGCACGAUGACGAUUUCGCAUUUGUGCGAAAAUCCAAGAGGAGAAAGACGGACGAGGAACCCGAAUUAGAACCGGAACCGCAGCCCGAACCAGUGAAGAAAUCUGCGAAGGGACGUCCUGCAGCAAAGCAACGCGGUGUCAAGAGCUCGAAAACGAAUGGAACGAUAUUGGAAGAGGAACCAAUAGAGAAGGAACCGAUCACGACUACGAAACCAACAACAAGGAAGAGUAGUAGACAAAAAACGAGUACGGACGCGUCAGAGGAACCACCGGCCAAGACGACCAAGAAGUUACCGACCAGGAGGAGCACGCGACGAUCGGAAAAGCCAGAGGAUGAGGCUCCUCAACCAGGGACGGUAGCAGAACCAGAACCUACGCCUUUAUCUGCACCCGAUCCUCAACCAGAAACAGCAUCACAACCAGCAGCGACAACUUCUCGCACCAAUGGAGCGUCUAAGAAACGUGGAAACCGUGUCGCUAAGUCCACCAAACCACCCCCAGACUGGGACAAGUCGCCCCAGCGAGAAGCGCCUGUUCAAUCCGCCACAAUUGCGCUGCCCAUGAGCGACACUCCCAUCAUUAACAGGAACAAAGAGAUGCGAAAAAAAGGCGGUAACUCCAACAGACGAAGCAGCUUGGGUAACAGAGGACGUAGAGCGAGCUCAUUAAUCGAGGGUGGCUCAACAGCGAUACCCCACCGGGAAGUGAACCCAUCAGACUUUUACAAACACAUUGAAGCCGAGGGUUUGACGGAACCUCGACGUAUGAAACAACUAUUGACCUGGUGUGGCGAGCGCGCAUUGGCAGGGAAGCCUCGUCAUGGCACACCGAAUUCUAAUGCUAUUCUUGGUGCUCGUGCCAUCCAAGACCAACUGCUGAAAGACUUUGCGGCUCGAUCGGAGUUUUCAGAUUGGUUUAGUAGAGAGGACGACGCUCCUCCCAAAGCUCCUGUAGUAUCAAAACCCAACCCCAGGAACGUGGAGCUUGAUGAGAAGAUGGCACAGCUUGAGAUAAAUAUAAAAAGACUGCAAGAGGAAAAGAAGUCAUGGCAAGCAAUACGAAAACCGCCGCCUGAGCAACCUCCUCUUUUCACUCCAGAAGAGACUGGAUCUAUCGUAUUGCCCGACUUUGAUCUUUUAGAUCCCGAGGAAGGGAAAAUUCGAGGGUUCUUAGCAGACGAGAAAGCGUCGUUUGAAGCAGUCCGUUCACAAACAGAAUCACGAUUGCGGACCAUACAAUCGAAGCUUGAGUUCCAGGUCGACCAACUCGCUGAUAACGUCCAUAAGCUUGAGCAGCGGGUUCUGAUUGCAGGCAAGGAAGCGGAUAAGGUCCUCAGCGUCAGCGCUCUGCGUCUUCGACAACGCGAGGAGAGGGAGAAGGCAAGCGCAGGAACAAGGGAUAUGCCAGUUAUUGAGGUUCUGAGGAGCCUAGGGAGUAUUUUACCAGACGGGGGCGGGUGA